AUACAUAUGUUGAAACUUCUAUACUCUCACAGUGUAGUUACGAAAAUAAAAUAAACCAUGGAUUUGUGACGUCAUUGGAGCACCAAGUAGCAGGUCUGCGCAACGCCAUACUAUGUAAUUCAGUGUACCACUAAUAUAGUACUGCACAUCGUAAACGUAAAUAUAAAAAAUUUGUCUACAUGAGUGCGAGUCAUAAGCCACUGGAAGAAAACGAUAUUACGCUAAUAAACAAAGUACAGGAGACUCCCUCACUCUAUGAUCACAGACAUGCUGACUUUCGAAUGCAUCGUAAGGAGGAGGAGUGGUCCAGAGUGGCCAACAGCUUAAACAUUUCAGUUGCAGAUGCAAAACGGAGAUGGACAUGCCUGCGUGACCGCUACUCACGGGAACUUAAGCAAAUGCGUCUACAUCCGAGCAGUGAAUUUGGUCGCAAUGACUUUUUUCGCCAGAUGGACUUUCUCCGCGAGUUCGUCCGCAAGCGGCGCGAGCGGAGCAGGCAUGAAAACACCCCCAUGAGCUGGCUUAAGUCUGAGACGCAUUCUCAAAGGUUGGUCAAAGCGCAACUAGAGUCAAAUGCAUUGUUUGAGGAGAGUGACCACAACUAUGAUGCCCAACUGGAUACGCAAACUACGCAAUCGGAGACAUACUCUGUCCUGGUCGAAGAUGAUGGCGAUGGCAACGAGUCGUACACAGCCAAGUCUGAAGCCCCUGAGCAGAAAGUUUUGCCAGUGUCAGGAGCGGUAAUGGCAAUGCAACAGGAAUCGUCAGGCACUGCUAUCACGCCAACCACUGCGGCACAGCCGGACCUUAAUUACAUGGUGUGUAUGCCCUUGCCAAAUGUCGCGCUACAGCGGGAACCCUCUCAAUUAGCGGGCACCAGUAAAACGGAGCAAAUGCCACCUCAGGAGCCAACGAUUGCAGCGUCUUCAUUGCAUGAUGAGGAUGAUUUCUUUUGCAAAUCGGUGGCCGCCUAUUUGCGCCAACUAUCGCGACGACACAAGAUCAAGGCCAAAGUCGAGAUGUAUCAAGUGCUGGAGAAGUACAUACUGCUCGAAGAUGGGAUAGCCGCAACGUCAACUCAAAACAGUUGAGCAAAAACUUUUACAUACGACCGCAUAUGUACUAUAUAUACAUAUAUUUAAUUUUUUGGAGUACAAAUAUACAAGAUACAAAAAUCUAUCCUA